AUGAUUCAAAUAGACACUGGGGCCCAGUGCAACAUUCUUUCUACUGAGACAUAUGUAAGGGUCACAGGAGAUACGGAGCUUAAAUUACUGAAACCUUGCAAGAAAGAGAUUGUAUCAUACACUGGAGAGCGACGCAACAUAACUGGAAAGGUCACACUUCCAGUAUGGCAUGCGGGGAAAAAGCAACUAAUCAAGUUCACUAUCAUUGAUGGUGACUAUCGACCAAUUCUGUCUCUAGAUACCAGCGUAGCUUUGGGUAUUGUAAACCUGCGACAUUGUGACAUCCUAUCUCUUGGUAUCCAACCCCCCAAAGAUCCAGCAAGUGAAUACAAGGACGUUUUUGAUGGUUCAUUAGGUAAAAUACCAGACACGUACAAGAUUGUGAUUGACAGUACAGUGCAACCUGUAGUCCACCCGCCACGACGAGUGCCAGUGGCCCUGCGUCCCCGUAUAAAAUCAGAACUGAAUAAGUUAGUUGAACGUGAAGUGAUCGUUCCAGUAACCAAACCAACACAGUGGGUAUCAAGUAUGUUAGCUGUAGUAAAACCAAACAAAAUCAGGAUCUGCAUAGAUCCGCGUGAUCUUAACCGUGCAAUCUGCCGUGAACAUUAUCAAUUGCCCACUGUUGAAGUAGUCACUACCCGGUUAACAGGGGCAAAGAAGUUUACAGUUUGCGAUGAAAAAGAUGGAUUCCAUCAAAUACAACUCGACGAAGACUCAAGUUACCUGGCCACAUUUAACACUCCCUUUGGUAGGUUUCGGUGGACUAGAUUGCCAUUUGGAAUUUCGAGUGCUCCUGAGGUUUGGCAGCGUCGCAUGCACGAGUUCGUAGAAGGAUUAGACGGUGUCGAAGUAAUUGACGACUUUCUCAUUGCUGGUUUUGGGAAUACUGAAGAAGAGGUCAAUGCGAGUUUAGAAAAGAAUGAACGGGUGUUUUUCGAAAAAUGUCGAGAAUGGAACUUAAAGUUGAACAAGAGCAAGCUAAAGCGAGCACAAUCAUCAGUGGCGUUCAUGGGGCAUCUCCUCACACCCGAUGGGCUAAAGCCAGAUCCGGCCAAAGUAGAAGCAAUUCUUGAAAUGCCUUCUCCAACUGAUGUCAAGCGUUUUCUAGGGAUGGUCAACUACCUCGCCAAAUUCCUACCAUUGUUAUCGGACAUGACUCAACCACUACGAAAGCUCAAAGACAAGGAUUUUGAGUGGUGUUGGCUAGAGCAACACGAAAAAGCAUUUAAAACAGUAAAGGACUACCUUGCGAAAGCCCCAGUACUUGCUUAUUACGACGUCAAUAAAGAAGUAACAAUACAGUGUGACGUCAGUGAAACCGGACUUGGCGUCGUGUUGUUGCAAGAAGACCAGCCAAUUCGUAUGCCUUAAGAGCGCUGACGGAGACAGAAACCAGGUAUGCCCAAAUUGAAAAGGAAUUAUUGGCAAUCGUUUGGGCCACCAACAAAUUUGAUCAAUACAUCCUUGGUCGCGAGAUUGUACACAUUGAAUCAGAUCAUCAACCACUGAAAGCAGUUUUCGCAAAGGCUAUCCACAAAUCGCCUAAAAGAUUGCAAAGAAUGUUAAUGGCCCUACAGAGUUACACACUAGAAAUUCAUUAUAAGAAAGGAACAUUAAUGUGGAUUUCAGACACUCUGAGUCGGGUAUACCGAAGUACAACCGAGUCUGCCGAACAUCACAUAAGCGAAGUACGUGCAUUAGAAGAAAUUAACCACUGCGAAGGUGUGUCAAUAGCUCCGAACAGGUUAAACCAGUUUAAACAAUGUACAUCAACAGACCCAGUGAUGCAACAAUUCAUCACCGCUAUCAAUACAGGAUAGGCAAUAGACCGGAAACAAUGUCCACCAGCACUAAUUCCAUUCUAUAACAAUCGAAGCGAACUUACUGAAGAUAAUGGAUUAGUCUUCUUUGGGGAAAGACUCGUCGUGCCUUCAUCCUUAAGAAAAGAAAUGCUACAACAAAUUCACAAGUCCCAUAUAGGUAUUGAGGGUUGUCUGCGGCGAGCACGGGAAGUGAUAUAUUGGCCACGAAUGAAUGCGGAGGUGAAAGAUUAUGUUUCAAAGUGCUCUAUAUGCCAAACACACCAGCCGGAGCAGUGUCGUGAACCACUGAAGUCCUACGACCUACCACAACGACCAUGGUCAGUGGUUGGAGAGGACCUAUUUCAAUUGGGACAUCAGCAAUUUCUUAUCAUUGUUGACUACUGGAGUGGGUUCUUUGAAGUUCAAGAGUUCUCAAAAGUUACAUCGAAAACUGUCAUCACUGCAUCAAAGGUCCAAUUUGCGAGGAAUGGAAUUCCGGACACCCUAAUCUCCGAUAAUGGCCCUCAGUUUGCGUCUGCGUAAUUUGCCCAGUUUACAAAAGAGUGGCAAAUUGAACACCAAACAUCGAGCCCACACUAUCCUCAAUCUAAUGGACGUGCCGAAAAUGCAGUGAAAACUUGUAAAUCCCUAUUAAAGAAAGCAAAAGCCAGGGGUGAAGAUCCUCUAUUAGCAUUACUAGAUUGGAGGAACACCCCGACUGAAAAUAUUGGAACCUCACCAGCGCAAAGAUUAAUGGGUCGACGUACUCGUACAUUGCUUCCCACACAUCAGAGUCUUCUUAAAACACCGGAACAAAACGGAACAAAGAAGGAAUUAGAGAACCGCAAAGCAAAACAAGCAAGGUUGUAUAACAAGAAAUGUAAACCGCUUGAGCCCCUACAAAGUGGAUGCGCCAUUAGAAUGAAACUUUCAGGCGAUAACCGUUGGUCGCUUGGUACCUGCGUACGUGCGCUCGAAAACCGAUCUUUCGAAGUCGAGGUUUGUGGAAGGCGAUAUCGCCGUAAUCGCCGUCAUCUACGUGCGACCAAAGAGAUGGCACCACCUCCCAACGCGAAAGAUUCCCAAAUCGAACCGAGCGAGCCGAUAGAAAAGGACCUCACCCCAAGUUUACCAGUCGUGGAACAUAGCACCCCAACUAACCCUUUAACUCAUGAAACAGAAAAUGAAAAUCAGGUAGGCAGUUCUGGCAGUAAUGGAGGUCAAACGCCGAGAGAAAGUGACGCGGGACAAGAAGAGUCAAUCCCUCGUCGAACUACGCGAGUGCGACGUUCGCCAGAUUGGCAUAAAGAUUACGAGAGACACUAAGAAUUAUCACACAUUAUUUAUAGUUAUAUGUUAGGCAUAAACACUAUGAUGCCGUUAAACAAUUUCGUUGGGACACAAAAAUGUUAGGUAUAUGUUAGGCAUAAACACUAUGAUGCCGUUAAACAAUUUUAUAUUGAGAGGGAGAUGUGGCGAUGACAUCAUCGUUGAUGUCACGUGAGUCAUUGUUGUUGUCGAGUUUUUGGGCUCCAUGUUUUAGGCUCGAGACUGACAAGCUGAGAUUCAGACAUAUUAUAUUAAUCGAAGUAAUAAAGACUUUUGGGUAACAGUUAUAAACAUCAAUACAGUAACAACUUCAAUUAGUUUCUUAUGCGUAGCUGAUCCUUAAAAUAUAUGUGGAUAAAAAGUAAUUUAUUACAUCAGAUAAAAUGCAUUUAUAUUGAAAUGAAGUGUGUCCAGAUGCGAUAACUUUUAUUAUUAUAUACACAAGGUCUGCAUAUGAGGUAUUCUGCAAUCUGAUUGGUUCUCUACUACCAGGAUAUUAGCUCAUAUCCUGCUAGUAGAGAAAUACAAAAUGGCGGCUCAAAUUGAAUUGAAUCAAAUUGAAUGAAAAAAAUGGCAAGUUGUUCGCUUUUUAUAGCCUUUACAGAAUUAAAAACACAAUGAAAAACUCCCACAAAUUGUUUACAGGUUUGUAUUUAAAAUGGUUAAAAAUAUAUAUUUUUCAAAAAAUAAUCGACCGAAAGAGCGAAGAUGAAAACAUAAACAAAAUAGAAAAAUACUGAAACUAUCCGAAAAGCAAAAUCUGUGAAUGCAGACCUUGUGUAUAUAAUAAAACAGUUAUUCCACUCACUCUUGUCAAAUAUGAGCGAUAGCCGAUUCGGCGCUACGCGCCUCAUCGGCUAUCAGCUCAUAUUCGACUUGAGUUCGUAGAAUAACUGUUAAUUAUUUAUUGGAAAGAAUUCAAGAGUUUUGAUUGGCUAAAAGCUGUAGGCGAAAUCAUCAUGUACACUUGAUAGCUGCCCGGAAAUUUGGAAUUAUGACACCACCGUGGAAUAUAGAAACAAUUAUUUCACGUUUAAUGUGACUUCAUGCAUGGUAUAUUGAAAAACGAUCUAGCACCCUAUGAUGUGACCCUAAUUUAUGUGACUUAUGUCAAGAUCAGGAAUAUAUGAAUAAUAAACAAUAAAACAAAUAACAGAACAAUAAAUAAUAUUUAAAAAAUUAUUGAAUUCGGCUCUUACAGGAUAUGAGGAAUUAUUAAGGCCUCUGUUUAUGUUAUCUGCCUUAGCCUUUGGCUUAGGCAGAUAACAAACUUUGGCCUUAAGAUUUCCUCAUAUCCUACUCGACCUCAUUAAAUAAUUGUUAAGUGUCAUUAAGAAAAUAAGACAUAAAUAAGACCCACUAUGUUUAGCUUAUAUUGUAUUACUUAUUAUCCCUUUUCAACCAUCUUCUUUCAAUGCCUUCAUGACAGCAUUUCAAAAAAACUUUAUUUCCUUGAUGUACGUGGAUAUCAGCAAUAUGGUUGGUAAUGCUAACCCAUUUUCCCUCUCUUUCCAAGGGAGACGCACUUGAAUUUGCCACCCAAUACAAGUUGUUUAUAAUUGAAUAUAAAUCAAUAGAAACUAUAUUUUAAUAAAACAGAUUAUUAUUUUAUAUAACCGACUCGUUCCAUUUCAUCAGGUGUUACCAGUGUCAGCCAGUCCAUCCCCUAUACUAUAUGUGUUAAAAUUUUCUGCUUGUUUUUGUGGUUUGUUUUUACGCCUCCUUAUUAUACGCCAUUCCACAUAUUUUUUAACUGCGGCCUCCAGUUCUUCUAUGGUGUCCACCCUUUUUCCUAAGGCCACCACUUCGUCAACGUCUACCAUUGCAAGCCAAUCCAUUUCUCUAUAUUAUAUAGGUAAAAGAAAAUUACCGUAUUUUAUAAAAUUAAAUAAGCUGCCCCUCCAACCACCCCACCUAUAAUUAAACCAAAAAUUGCCAUAUAUUCUUCCAUCUCGGAGCUAGGUUUGUAGUGAUUGCUUAACUGCGGUCUCCUUGGCAUAGCCUUACGUGUUAACUCAUUGAUCCUUCUAACGAGUUCCAGUGAUUUGUUUGUUGCAUUGAUAUCUCUAUUUGCCUCAACUAAUUCUGACUUCAGUUUGGCAAGUCUGUUUCUCCUAUCAGUGACUUCUUCAAGGUACUUCUCUCUUUCAGCUGUUAGGUUCUCCAUUGCAAUGUUAUGUCUGUGGGCUUCCUUAGCACAUCCGUUCUUGUCAAACAUCUUAAAUAAGUAUCCUGCUCCAGCAAAUGCAAAUGCAUUAAAGAGUCCUCCUGCUACUGCUGACGCCAUUAUAUAGUUUUACCUAGGUUUUGAAUGGAUCAUCCGGUAGAUACUUCUUAUCUUUCAAGUAAGAUACUAGUAGGGAUGAAAGGCUAACUGAGACAGCUAACUUUGCCAUUCCUUUUACAUUCUCUGGGGUUCCUAACGGUUCUUUUAAUAGUUUCUUCGAUGCCAUUGAAAUACCGACUGCUCCUACUGUAAGUAACACUGCGUUGUACACGUCCAUCGUCAUCUUUGAUUCCUUACUCAUUCUGUUAUAAUAUAUAUUAUGUUUAAUGCAUCAUUCAAGUGAAUCUAACCUGGACUCGUCAGCUUUCCUAGUUAUCUCGACAGUCUCAUUUGCGUGCUUGGGUUCCGGUUCCCUGGUUUCCCUCUGAUGCGACUUGUAUGCUAGCACUAAAGAUACCAGUGCAAUGGCUACUCCUAUGUAGGUAAUAAAACUAUUACUUGAUGGCUCCUUAGGUUGCGCAAGUUUCUUUUUCCUCUCCUUUGCUAUUUUGCUGAUCGCAGCUAAUCGUUUUCCUGCAGCUACUCUCUUUGGGUCCUUCUUCUUCUCACUUGUUACUUGUGCUUGGAUUUGCUCAGGUUUAUCUUCCAUUCUACUUGUAAGAUACCUUAGGUUUAACUGGGUUUAGUCUUAUGAGACAUCUUAAAUUCUACUUGUGAGAUAACUUGAAUUUGUUUGUGAGAUGUUUCAAAUUUACUUGCAAGAUAACUUAAAUCUACUGGUCAGAUAUCUGUCGAGAUAACUCGAAUCUACUGGUGAGAUAAUUCAGAUUUGCUGGUGAGAUAACUCAGAUUUGCUGGUGAAUCUUAUCCAGCCUCUCAUUGCUAGCGUUAGUUUUCUCAAUCAGUUCAUUAAUUAUGUCUUCAAAUUCAGUUCCUUCCCAGGUGUUUCCCCAGUCGUACGGCUCUCCGAGUUGAGACAUUCUUCUUCACUAUGUAAUACGAUAUGUUUUGCUUCCUCAGAUAUUUCCUCAGUCUUUUCCUUCUUCUUCCACUUGUGAGCUACCACGUGCUUAGCUGUUGUGCAUCCACCUGAUAUAAGACCAAUGAAUGGAAUGUUUGGGGAUAUCGUUCUAGUUAAAUAACAUACGUCAUCCUUUAAAAGCUUAUCACUAAGUAGUUCCUCUGACAGCUUCUCAGAAGAUUCCACUGCAUUAAAACUUCCUGGUAUGGAAGCAAACUUUGAGAUAAUAAGUGUUGAUAAGAAGUCACUUGCGCAUGACAUCCUCUGACUCUCAUACUCACUGUAAAGUCUAUCUAUAACAUCUUUGUUUGACUUUCUUAUGAAACCUGCGGUCUUAUCAAUUACACCGUCCUUAGAUAGCUCGAUAAGCUUAUUCCUUUUGUGUUCGGUUUGCGACUUAUCUGUGGUUGGUUUAUUUUUUCUUGCGGUAGACUUAGCCUUCCUUUGCGGCGCCUUUGCGGCCUCCUCUACUUCUCUUACAGCCUCAAAUAUUUCUUCUUCAGAUUCGCUUCCCAUCUUCUAUAUUCUACGCGGUGUUUAGUUUGAUGGUGUGUGUGUAAGGGUGAAUAAGUAGUACGUCUAGUGCGGUGAACUUCUCAUCUUUUAGUAUUUUUGUAAUCUCUGUAAUUGUCUCCUGAGGGACACCACUCAGGUAAUCAUCUGUUAUAACCUUCAUAUCUCUGCGACUAGGGUUGUAAAAUGUAACUAACCUGGAAAUGUUCUCCCUGAAUGGUUUUGCUACCGAUGACAGUUGUUGGGUAAUUACAAUAACUGAUAGGUUGUAAUGUCUUGCGGAGAAUGCAAGGCGCACCAGUUCUGAGACUCUUUUCUUUACAUCUUGACUCGCAGCACAGUCAUCCACAAUGAUGAGAGCCUGGGUUCCACGAAAUAUGGUGGACACUGCCUUGAGAAUAAGAUUGAUCAUUUCUUGUGAACAUGGAAUUUGUAUAACUCCGUGGUCACUAAUAUGAGCCCAGUUAAUGUAAGUCAUAUUCCAUUCUAUUGUUGGACAUAUAAUAACAAUAUAAUCGAAAACUUUAUUGUAUUCUGUUUCUAGCAUGUUAAGUAAGAACUGAGUCUUACCACUUCCAGUCAUUCCUACUAUGAGCAUAUUAAAUGGUGGCUCUAGAUUCAUCUCUAUGCUUUACCGUUAGUACUAAUUAGUACUGAAUACUUGAUAGAUCUCUACUAGCAAAGUUAAGGAGAGCAUCUGAUACAAUAAAAAUGUUGCAUUGGAUGUCAGCUGUUGUGGCUCUCUUUUUAAUUUCCAUAAGUACUCCAGACUGUGUGUUAACAAUCUUUCUACCUCCUCCAGUGGUGUCAUCCUGUGUUGACCUUAGAUCUACUACUAAAGCGAAACCGGUGCUGAAGAACCUGCUGAUGGACAUAAAUUCGUCUGCCAUGGAUUUCUCACACAUAGGACAAAAGAAUCGUUUUGCCUCUUCAAAGAACCUACUUUUAGGAAGUCCCUGGGAGAAAACUGCAUUAGGCACACCCUCAAUGGUAAGGUUAACUUUAUCAAUGUUUCGGUAAGUAUAUUCUUCAGAAUCAGUUCUUACUCUGUUGGUAAAUAGAAGGACAAUUGCUGACAUGCUCUUUCUGGGAAUAUUUAUGUUUUCAUUCACAAUGGUAAGAUCUUUGUCCCAAUUACUUGUACGCAUAAGAGUGACGUGUUUGUAGGACAGUGAGCGACCUGUUGAGUACAUCCUUGAUACUUCACCUGCAAGGGCGUCAUUCUCAAUGGUCUCGUAUUCUAACUCGAGAUUAUCCAGUUUAUAAUUACCCUUAGCUUCACCUCCUUGAGCAGUCAUAAUUUCAUCUGAUCCGGGGAGUGUGAAUAUGUACAUAGGAUUGUUGUUCAUGUAGAAUGGUACGUAGAGUCCAUGGUCUGCGAUAAUCUUAUCAAUUGGUUUUCUAAGUUUGGAGCCGUAUACACUAUGGAGAAGUCCAUCUGCUAUUUUACCUGCAUCACCUACUUUUACUCCUGAGUCAUCACCUGAUAUCAGCUUUCUCAGGUUUUCACUUCCGAGGCCCUGUUCUGUCAUCUUAUUUCUAUCACCCUGUGUUAGCCAUAGGUCUUUAUAAAUUUCGUACAAACUCUCUCCUGAACAGUCAUAGGCUGUUUCACCUGCUACUUUAACCUGAAGACGUUUUGCAAUCAACUUAGCUAGGUUAUUAUUGAACCUGCUCUUUGUAUUUGAAUUUUUAAAAUCAAAUAAGAGUGUAAGUGACCCUGGAACUAAACAAGAGUCGGGCUUUAAUUUAGGAAUGUUAAUGUACAGCUCUUCUCCCGGGCUAAUUGUUGUUGGAUUGAAAGUUACAACACUUCUAGUUCUAAGUCCUUUUAUGGAUGUCAUACGGCUUCUCCUGAAGCCAGGCUGGAGUUCUCUUUCUGUGGUAUUCAUGCUUUAUACAAUAUGUAAUGUUUAGUGGUAAAAGUAUAAGGCUAUUCCUACAACUAUUGCUAUUUUCCAUAAGUUUGAUGAUAUGAAUUUAAUCAGUUUGUUUGCUACAUUAGGGAGUGGCCUUGGUUGUGAAUCUGAACUUGAACCUUUAUUUGAAAAGUUUGCUGCUUUUGAGGAAAGUUUCCUGGUCUGUAUGAUGACAGCUGUAAGGAGAGCAGCAACUGAUAUUAUAAUACCUGCAAUCACAACUUCGAAGUUAUCUUCAACCCAUGAUUUGAAUCUUUCAUACCUCGUUAGAUCCUCUCUAACAUCCUUCACCAUUGUUUCUGUGCUGGCACCACUGAAUAUAGGUUGAUUGUCUUCUGGGAUACUAUCCUCUGCGACUUGGAACAGAAGACUCUCAACGUUGUAAGUAUUAUCUACCCAUUCAGUGUCAGGACCUGCGGGCUCCUCAGACUUCUCACCUAUGUCUACCUUCUUAGGUUCCUUGAAUUCAGGUUUUUUAGGUUCUUUACCUCUGGGCUUUUUAGGUUCCUCAGGUUGAGACUUCUUAGGUUUCUCAGGUUGAGACUUCUUAGGUUUCUCAGGUUGAGACUUCUUUGGUUCCUCAGGUUUAGACUUUUCCUUCUCCCAUUCUUCAAGCUUUUUUCUCCAAUACUCUGUUUUCUCCUUAUCAUCUUUCAAGGAUUCUAGUCGCCUUUUAAUCUCAGCUUCUGCAUUCUUUUUGCGUUCUAUUUCAGCAGCUUCUGCGAGCCUCUUGC